CAUCAUUCGUCAACGGUUGUGAUUGCAUGCAGCUUGCUACAAGUUUAGGUGCAACCUCCAUUCUCUUCCACUGCGGCUUCUCAAAAAUCAAAAUACCUUCUCUUUCAUGGAACUAAACUGCCCAUAUCAAAUCCUCGAAAGCAAUUCCCAAUUUCGGCCCAGCCCUCAAAAUUGCAACAUUUUUCCCAUCCAAAAUUUAGACACAGUGAGUGAAAAGCUCAACUCGAAUUCAGAAGUUUCAAACAAGAGACCCAAACAAAGGCACAAAAAACAAAAGGAGAAAGAGAAAGAAACAUGCUACAAAGGUCCUUGGACCAAAUCUGAAGACAGAAAACUGAGGAGCUUGGUGAAACAGUAUGGAUACAAAAAAUGGGCAACAAUUGCCAAACACAUGGCUCCAAGAAUCGGGAAACAGUGUCGAGAGCGAUGGCAUAAUAAUCUUCGUCCUAAUAUCUCGAAAAGUAUAGUUUGGAGUGAUGAAGAAGAGAUGAUGAUCAUUGAAGGGCGCAAGAGAUUCGGAAACAGAUGGUCGCGGAUAGCAAGAUUGAUUCCUGGCAGAAGUGAAAAUGAUGUGAAAAAUCAAUGGAAUAAAACACAGAGAAGGCUGUUUUCCAAUAAAAAUAUCCAGAGGCCUAAGAGGCUAAGAGGCCUCUAUCAGUCCACAGUUCUCGAGAAUUACAUCAGGAAACAUUUUCUCAACACCACCGCCGACGCUGCGGCGCCGCCACCACCUCCAAUCUAUAAAAACAAUGCCCUAAUUCAUACUCCGCCGGCGGAUCCUCCUCUUUCUGUUGAUGAUUAUCAAAUUGAUGACUGCGUACCUUACUUCACAUUUGAGAGCGCCGCCAUUGACGGUGUGACCGAAGCUUCUCCGUUGAUCGAUUACGCGGUGGCGGCCACUUUUGAUGAGAAGGUGGAUGAGGAGAUCAACUUCCUCAGAAGCCUCUUUGGCGGUAUCAAUGUGUAA